CUACCGGGCACAAACUGUAGUGUGAAAGUAGCCUAAACAUGUCAUUAAGAUACCCCUAUAGUAAAAUGUCCUGGCCCGGAUCGGACGGCCCGGCCCAACAAGCAAAUGCCUGGUAGUCUGGGUCUGAGUGUAGAUGAGAACAGCAAGAUAUCAUAAGGAGCACUGUAUAUAAGAGCAGCAAGAUAUCAUAAAUUAUAUGGAAUGGGCAUUGUGACUCUAUUAUGGGGGAUCUGUAAAGGAGUGACCUUCAGAUACUAACAAGGACUGGAAAUGUGAUAUGGAAUUGGCUUCAGGGGAAGAUGAAUGUCUCUGCCAGAGACAAAAAUAUUGUGUGGAUCGCCCCAUAUACACCCAGGAAUAUUUGCAAGAACAUUUACAUUUGAAAAAGAAAGAGCCAACGUCCUUUCUCCAUAAAGUAGCACAAUCUUGCCGAUGUACUGCAAAAAAAGCUAAAUCUCAAUUAUACAGCUUUCUGCCAAUUUUGAAAUGGCUACCACGUUAUCCAGUAAAGGAGUUUCUUAUAGGAGACCUAAUAUCAGGACUAAGUACAGGAGUCAUGCAGUUACCACAAGGUUUAGCCUAUGCCUUGCUGGCAGCUGUACCCCCUGUGUUUGGAUUAUAUUCUUCAUUUUAUCCAGUGUUCCUGUACACUUUCUUUGCUUCAUCAAGACAUGUAUCAAUAGGUACAUUUGCUGUUAUCAGCCUGAUGGUUGGUGGAGUUGCUAUUCGAAUAGCCCCAGAUGCAAUGUUUAAUAUAGUGGAAGCCAAUGUCACAAACAGCACAGAGCACUUACAGAAGAUUGAAAAAAGAGAUGCAGAGAGAGUGAGAGUAGUUGUGGCAAUCACUUUGCUUUCUGGUCUAAUUCAGUUGUGCCUAGGUAUAUUUAGAUUUGGCUUUGUAGCCAUCUACCUGACUGAACCUUUGGUGCGAGGAUUCACAACAGCAGCAGCAGUUCAUGUCUUCAUAUCUCAGCUGAAAUACCUCUCGGGAAUUAAAACUAAUAGAUACAGCGGACCUCUAGCAGUCAUAUAUAGUUUAAUUGCAGUACUGUCCAAUAUCAGUACAACCAAUAUUGCCACUUUGAUUAUUGGGAUCAUAUGUGUGGUAUUACUGCUGGGUACAAAGGAAAUAAAUGAUCGAUUUAAGAAGAAAUUGCCAGUUCCUAUUCCCAUGGAAUUAAUUGUUGUAAUAAUCUCAACUGGAGUUUCAGCUGGACUUAACCUUCAAGAGUCCUAUGAAGUAAAUGUGGUUGGCAGGAUCCCAACUGGGUUUCGUCCCCCAGAUCUCCCAGAUGUUAGCCUAUUUUCAGCAGUUUUUGUGGAUGCAGUGGCUAUAGCAGUUGUUGGAUUUUCCAUGACUAUUUCAAUGGCCAAAAUAUUUGCACUUAAACAUGGAUAUGUAGUUAGUGGAAAUCAGGAACUUAUUGCACUAGGAUUAUGCAAUUCUAUUGGCUCUUUUUUCCACACCUUUGCUGUGACUUGUUCAAUGUCUCGUAGUCUAGUUCAGGAGAGCACUGGGGGUCAUACACAGAUUGCAGGUCUGUUGUCCUCUUUUAUGGUGCUUUUGGUCAUAUUGGUCAUUGGAUACCUCUUUGAACCAUUGCCACAGACAGCUUUAGCAGCGAUAGUGAUGGUGAACUUAAAAGGAAUGUUCAAGCAGUUUGCUGAUAUCCCACAUUUAUGGAGAACAAGUAGACUAGAACUGGCAAUUUGGGUGGUGUCGUUUUUGGCCUCUGUUUUGCUUGGUCUUGACUACGGUCUGCUUGUUGCAGUGGCAUUUGCCAUCAUAACAGUGGUCUACCGGACACAAAGUCCACAGUACAGAAUUCUUGGACAGGUUCCAAAUACAGAUAUAUAUUGUGAUAAAGAAGAAUAUGAGGAGAUUAAAGAAUACCCUGGUAUAAAGAUAUUCCAGGCCAACACAUCUUUGUACUUUGCAAACAGUGAUCUCUAUGUCUCUGCUCUGAGGAAAAAGACUGGAAUAGAUCCUGGUGCAAUAUUGAUUGCAAAGAAAAAGGCUCAGAAGAGACAUGCCAAAGAAAUAAAGAAGUCUACUAGAAAUGAAAGAAGAGCAGUUUUAAAGCUUACUAAUGAUGUGGAGAUGGCGGUGAAACAUGAACUGAUGAAUGAUGAUCCAGCUAAAGAGUCAGGAAAUGUGAAAAAUGGAUCAGCGGAUAUAAACUUGCAUAAUUCACCUUCUGAGGAGUUAGAGUAUUUUAUGAAUCCAGUCAUCACCACCCAUUCAAUAAUUCUGGACUUCACACCUGUCAACUUCAUAGAUUCUGUGGGAGUGAAAACACUAAAAUCUAUAAUCAAAGAAUACAAAGAAAUUGGUGUUGACAUCCUCUUAUCCGGUUGUAAUGGACUAGUUGUACAAGAUUUGACCAGGUUGAAUUUCUUUGAUCAGUCUAUAAGAAAAGAUAUUCUAUUCUACAGUGUUCAUGAUGCUGUGAUCCAUUGCAGGUUUAGAGCAUCCUCAUUGGCUCUCGCCUCCUCUGAAGAGCAAAUCCUCAGCUCAGACACACAAAGCCAGAUCUAAUCUUCCUUUCACAAAGGAGCAUGGUGCAAUAACCCUUUUUAGACACUGCCUCAGAUUUUGAACCACACAUGCAGAGUUGGGAUAAGAUAAGACAUUAUAUUUUCCUACACUUAGAGACCUCCCUCUGUUAUAGCACUUUCAGCUGUUCUGGCUUUUACAGUAUGACAGUAUACACAAAGUAAUUGUGCAAGAUUAGGGGUUCUGAGUUUGUAGGAUAUAUUAUUUCUUUGUAAAUGCUUUAAUCCGAGCAUAUGCUGGGUGUGAAAAUCGCCUUGUUUUUGCUUUUAUAGUUAUUCUUAAAAAGCAUAUGUCCCAUUUUUAAGAUUCUGUCCAGUGCCUCUGGUACUGCAUGGAAAUCAAGGGCUAAGGGGAAAGGGGGAAAAAACUUUGUCGCAUAAAUACCUUUUAUACAUUGGUGCCUUUAGAUAAAAUAGCACCAGCUCCACUAAGAGCUGAGACCAGUAUGGUGAAAUCUGUUAUUUAUGUAUUUGUGAUGCCGUGCACAUUUACUGCUAGAUGUCAAAAUACCCUCCUGGUUCUUUUUUUCCCAAACAGGGUAAAUAUUCUCAACAAUGGUGUAAGCUAUGGCUCCAUUCAGACUAGAAUCAUGGGCAAAUGGGGGUCAAAUAUGUGUAGAGAAAGAGUGAUGCAGUUACCCAUAGCAACCAAUCAAAUGUCUUCUUUAAUUUUUCAGAGGCCUUUAUUAAAAAAAAAAUAAAAAAAAAUAAAAAAAAAGCAAGCUGAUUGGUUGCAAUAAGCAACUCUUCCACUCUUCCUCUACUUAGACUUUAAAAAAUCUACCCCUAUGUUUUUACAGAAGCUAUCAUAGAUCUUAUGUGAUAUUUUGUUUUUAACAACCUAAUUAAAUUUAUAAUGGGUGCGCCAGGUAUCUGGUAGCUACUUAAUGAUUAGAAUUGUACAUUAUGCUAUGCUAUUUUGCCCAUUAGAUCAAUAGAAGUUUGAAUGUUAAAGGGGUACUCAUCCUCUAUCCUAUUGGAUGUCUAGGGGAGAAGAUGUCGAGCUGCGGCCCGGUACCCCAGCAUUCAGAAAGCCAGCUGUGUUUGGCUGCGAGCACCCGUGGUCAUCAAGCCGUUAAUGUGGGUGUGAUGGCUGUGGUUGCUUGUAAUCCGGCACGGAGCAGAGUUUUUGCACCGUGCAUGUAGAGAACGGGGUGCUGGGCUGGAUAUCGUGGGGAGUCACAGGGGCCGGACUCCCCGCGAUCAUGUUUAGGGACAGGAUACCCCUUUAAGGAUCCUUUUUGAUAUGUGAAGAUACAUACUGGGCGUCGAGCAAUGAUGUACCAAGUUAAUAACGUUCAAAAGGCACUUUUAUGUAAAGUUGUACUUUAAAAGUUUGCAUACUUUGGCAGAAAUUGUAAAAUUUUGACACGGACAAGCAAAAAAAAACCCUGCCUUUUAUUAAGGGAUACUGAUCAUAUAAAGCCAUUUAUUAUCACAUAGUUGUUUGUCUCCUUUUUAAAUCAUAAUAAUAACAGAAAUCUAAAUUGCUCUGAUCAGGCGGGUACAUACCCUUGAAUAUUUGGUCUUGUUAAGGUCCAGGUUACAGGCAAUUAAAAGAAAAACCAUUACAAAAGACGGCAAUAAUGCUAAAGGUCAAUACAUAGUAUUAAGAACUACAGGUAUGGAGUUUGAAUAUGCAUCCCAUAAGAGAUGAAAGAAAAGUUUUGCCUGCUUACUCAUGUGUUUUCUUAAUUUUUUAUAUAUAUAUAUUACAAAUCAUCCAAGGGUAUGCAAACUUUUGAGUACAACUGUAUAUAUUUUCUUUCAAACUUUCGAGACCGCUUAUCUUUAUACCCUUCCUAUUGUCUCAAUGCAUUUUGUGCAGAAUCCGCAAAAAAAUUCUGCCGUGUGAACAGUGCAGCAGAAUCCCAUUGAAAUCAAUGGGACUCUGCUGCACCGGAAUUCCGCAUGGAAAUUUUGCGGUGUGAACAUGGCCUUAGAGAGGCAGACCCAUGCCAAUUAUGGUCACAGAUCUAGCAGAUUGGUGCUAAUCUAAUAAGCCUUUUACUUGACUGAAGGACUACACAGAUUGAUGUGAGGCCUUUAUAUAUAUAUAUAUAUAUAUAUAUAUAUAUAUAUAAAAACAAAUAUAUAAAUAUCACUAGCGCUGGAAUGGUAUGUUACCGGCUGCCAAGAUAACACUGAGAG